CACUGCAGCUACGUCUCUGCUGGGACCACACUGGCUCUAGGAAUGCGUGACAGGAUGAGUCUGGUGCUUCCGAGUGUUAAGGACUGCAAGGAGGAAACGCACGAGCACAGUCACUCACACAGCCUUUCCCAGCUGCCUCCUAGCACUGCAGCUCCUGCAGCAGCAUGGGGACCUCCAGGAGCGGGCAGUUGGCAUCCCGGCUCGCACUGUGCUGUGCUGCGUGGGGAAUGGGCCUGGCAGCACCAGAUUAUGAUGAUUACUCUCAGAACAGCACCAGCGAGCAGAUAACAACGGCAGAGAUCACACCAUGCCCCCGAGCCAUCCCCGGCGAAAAGGCCACGAUAGACAACAUGACAUACCUGCUGCUGCACGAGGCUGCUCGCUCCCAGCUGAGCAGUGGGGUCACAGUGCUGCUCAUCCCCUCCCUCUACAGCCUCGUCGUCCUGCUGGGGCUGCCCUCCAACGGGCUGGCCCUCUGGAUUUUGGCUACCAGAACUGAGAAGCUGACCUCCACCAUCUUCCUGAUGAACCUGGCUGCAGCAGACCUGCUGCUCAUAUCCGUGCUGCCUUUCAAGAUAAUCUACUACUUCCUUGGGAACAACUGGCCCUUUGGGGAAGGUCUGUGCCGGGUCAUCACAGCUUUCUUCUAUGGGAACAUGUACUGCUCAGUGCUGCUGCUCACGUGCAUCAGUGUGGACCGGUACCUGGCAGUGGUGCAUCCUUUCUUCUCGCGUUCUUUCCGCACCCCUGCCUUCGCUGCCUGGACCUGUGCUGCUGUCUGGCUCUGCACUGCUGUCCUCACUCUGCCCCUGACUCUGCAGCAGCAGUCGUAUCCCCUGUACAGAGCCGACAUCACUCUGUGCCACGAUGUUCUCCCUAGGCAGGAGGAUGACGGCUAUUACUUCUACUACUUCGUCUGCCUCAUCGCCUGCGCUUUCCUCGCUCCUCUGGUGGUGAUGCUGUUCAGCUACUGCUCAGUGCUGCAAGCCCUCCUGGGCAGUGGGAAGAGGUACUCCCACUCCAUGAAGCUCACCGCUCUCGUGCUGUUCACACUCGUGGCCUUCUACACUCCCAGCAACGUUCUCCUCCUCGUUCAUUACUCCAGCUAUCAGUGCAAGCUGUACGGCAGUUUGUACAUCGGCUACAUGGUGAGCCUGGCCGUCAGCACCUGUAACAGCUGUGCCGACCCCUUUGUCUACUACUACGUGUCGGAAGAUUUCCGGGAGAAGGUGAGGAGCACAUUCUUCAAUUGCAGCAAACCUCCCUCCUUACAAACCUCCAAAGAAACACUUCCUCAGAAAAGCUCCAAGGAGUCACUGGUGUAAGUCUCCAUCCCAGCUCCCUGCCCCACGGCACUCCCAACUGUGGGGAUGGGACAAAGCACUGGGACUUCACGAGUUUCAUCCAGAGCAGUGAGGAGCAGUUCCCAGCAGACAAGUCUCAGGAAGAAAGAACCACGUUCUUCUGUCUGCACAGCUAAGACCAAACAACACGUGAGAUGUGAAGUGCUGAACACAUAUAGAUCUGUGAUUGGAACCCUGCAUGCAACUUCUCAUCUGGUUACACCUGCCACGGAUGCUUCUCUUGUACACCCAGGUCUGCUUUUAAUGCGUGCUGUGAGCUGGCUGCUAUCUGCCUUCUAUUUCAUUUUUCUGGCUUCCUUGCUGUCCUUGAACUCAUAUUCUUUUUACCUAAAACUGAAGGAGAACAGGCACUUGCAUAACCAAAUUUCUAAACAUUUCAAAAAUACCAGGAGGCACUUACAAAAAAGGCACCCAUUGUCUGAACUAAAAUGCUCUGCCCACAGAACACAGAGCACCAGCUUUUCUAGCUAUUACGUUCUUGGCUUAACCAAGAAUCACCACCCCAGUAAAGGCAGCCCACUGUCACAAAUGUAAAAACCCAAUUCCUUCAUCCCUGUUGAUGCUAAUGACCUCUGGUACCCAAAACUUCUUAAGGCCAAGACUGUAUUCUGCCUCUUGAAGGAAAAUAUUAAAAAAGGAAUUGAGAAAACACUCAAGACAUUUUUUUUUCCUUUUUUUCGCUUCAUAUCACACAACCAAGAGCUUUCUUCUAUGAAACAGGUGAUCACACUCAUUGCUCAACACUGGGUAUCCUGCAAACUAUUCAAAACACAGCUCAGCUCUGGGCACAUCCCAACAAGGAGCAAAGCAGAAAAUGGGCAACGAAAUUCCUUAGAGUUCCUGAAUUUGGUGGUUCUAUUGGUACAGCCACAACUGUGAUCUACAACCACAAACAGCCCUACAGCCUACAGUGCGAAUAAAGAGACAGAAAAGAUUGUUUUAAAAUCAGUUUUUAAUAAAAUAUUU